UUUGGAAUCGCAAUAGAAGAAGAAGCGGAAGUAGAACCGGAAGUACAUGUCAGAAGGACGUAGCCGUGUAGGGCGGUAGCAAUUUAGCUCAGGAAAUAUGAUGUCAGUUUUAUCUAAUGUGCUGAGGGCGUGUGCUCAGAAGAAUGGUGCUGCCGUGGUCAUGUCAGCAAGAACAUAUGCUGACUUCACAACCCAGGCUACCUUUGAGAUAAAGAAAUGCGACAUUCACAAGCUGGAUGAAGCUCCAGCCACUCAGGUGGUGAUGACUCGCGAUGAGGGUCUUCAAUACUAUCGCACCAUGCAGACCAUGAGGCGAAUGGAGCUUAAGGCAGAUCAGCUGUACAAGCAGAAGAUCAUUAGAGGUUUCUGUCACUUGUACGACGGCCAGGAAGCUUGUGCUGUUGGUAUUGAAGCAUCAAUUAAUUUGUCAGACCACCUGAUCACCGCAUACCGUGCCCACGGCUACACUUACACCAGGGGAGGGACCGUGAAGGAGAUCAUGGCUGAGCUCACUGGGAGAAGAGGUGGCAUUGCAAAGGGAAAAGGAGGUUCCAUGCACAUGUACUGUAAACAUUUCUAUGGUGGAAACGGCAUUGUUGGAGCUCAGGUUCCAUUGGGUGCUGGUGUUGCUCUUGCCUGCAACUAUCUGGGCAACAAUGAGUUGUGUGUUUGUUUGUAUGGUGAUGGUGCUGCUAACCAGGGUCAAAUCUUUGAGACGUACAACAUGGCCGCACUCUGGAAGCUGCCUCUCAUCUUUAUUUGUGAGAACAACAGGUAUGGCAUGGGCACGUCUGUGGAGCGAGCAGCCGCUAGUACAGACUACUUCAAGAGAGGAGAGUUCAUUUCUGGUCUUAGGGUGGAUGGGAUGGAUAUCCUCUGUGUUCGGGAAGCAACACGCUUUGCAGCUGAUUUGUGUCGAGCCGGCAAGGGUCCUGUUCUAAUGGAACUUCAGACUUACCGCUACCACGGUCACAGUAUGAGCGAUCCUGGUGUUAGCUACCGCACACGUGAGGAGAUCCAGGAAGUGCGCAGCAAGAGCGACCCUAUCUCCUUGCUGAAAGACCGCAUGCUCAGCAACAACAUGGCCAGUGUGGAGGAGCUCAAGGAGAUCGAUGUUGAGGUGAGGAAGGAGAUAGAAGAUGCUGCCCUGUUUGCCACCACCGAUCCUGAACCACCCCUAGAAGAACUGUGCAACCAUAUCUUUCACAAUAAUCCCCCGCUGGAGGUGCGCGGCACCAACCCAUGGACCAAGCUCAAAUCUCACAGUUAAAUUAUUGUCAGCACCUCCUCCACUCCAAUAUAGCGGCCCGCUUGCCCAACGUUAACGCCGUCAUCGUUUAGCCAUUAAGCUAAGUCACACAUCAGACCCACAGCAAGUGGAAGUUGUUUUAUUUCAACUGUAUUAUGUAAAAUAUACCCCUGCAAUAAAGCUCCCCCUUAAAAAGGACUAUUCUAUUAAUGUGCCAAUUUCCUUAAAAAAACAUGUAAGAUUUUUUAAGGUUGGAUGUUUUAAAAUGUAGUCUUAGAUUAGAUGUAACAUUUAGUACUAUAUUUGAAAAUAUGUUGGCUUCUCUUUAAAUUAAGCACUUUGAAUACAGUGAAAUUUGUACUCUAUGCCACAUAAAGCAACAGCUGUUACAUUUUUAAAUAUUAUUUUGCUGGCUGCCAAAAAUUCAAAGGGGAAUGUUAAUAGUGCCAGAUUAUGAAACUGAACUAUGCCUGAAAGGUGUGGUCUUCCAAAGGUGCCGUAGACUGGCAGUAUUGCAUUCCAAAUCAAACAUUUAAAUGUCCUUAGUUGCCCUUAUAUUUGUACAGCAAGUUACCGUUCAAGUGAAUUAGGAAUAUUAUGAGUCAAAAAAUACGUGUAUUUUUUUUCCCCUCCACAAUGUGAGAAGUAUCUUGACAAGAAAAAUAUUUUGCAACAAACUGAUAAUUUCCCACUGGUAUCUUGUACAUGGCAAGAAUGAUGAUUAUUUGUAGAAACACUCCAUGGCAAUUUUGGUCCUACUGUAUGUGCGCAUCAUGUAUUAAAAAGUCCUAACAAGA